UUCGGUUGUCUUGUGUGUGUGAGUUGCGCCGUGUGGUGAUCUGCGAGUUGUGAAACUUUUAUAGAAAUUGUAAAUAAACAAUCCUAUAUUCUAUAAUAAUAAGGAAAGGGAUAAAUAACCAGAUCCCAUGGAUAGUGAUUAUGUGUCUGUACAGAGAUUUUGAAAUGCCUACCAUUAGCCAUGGUGAUGAAACUCCGGGCGAAGAUGCUACACUGCGCUGCUCUCGGGCCUCCGUCGCCAUAGUAACCAGUUCAUGGUGAAACUCGGCGGAUUCCCCCCAUCCAAUCCGUCCACAACAUUCCAUCCGCCGAUCGCUCGGCUGUCAAGACGUUCUUCAAGUUCGUGUGCAACUUUUAUUUGCGAGGAGUUUUUUCUUCUUCUGUGUAUUCAUUCAUCCUGUCCAAAACAGCUUUGACAGCCGCGAAGAAAGUAAUAACAUUCCUCGAAGAGAAGAUAAGUAAUCUCGUUUUAAUCGGCGCGCGGGAAAGUAUUUUUCGAUCCCCUGGAUGGCCGUUCUAUCGACUGUUAUGACAGUCUUGUUGUAUUGUUAAAUGAUUGGAAUCAUCUAAUUGUUAUGAAGUUGCCUUCCGUCCAAAUGUUGCAUUCCGAUUUUGCUUCCACAAAUUUUGUGCUUCGGGUAAACUUUAUUUUCUUUUUGACUCCAGUGACUUUUUAGGUGUUUCUUCAAGAACUUUCAAUGUGUUUGUCUGAGUGAUCCCAUAUACAUCGUUAAUGACAACCCCUUCAAAAAACUUUUGCCAUUUCAGUUGCCCAAUUAUACGGAUUUUCGGUUAACCGGAUCUAUCUGGAUCCGGAUAAUCGGCGCUUUGCUACUAUCGGAAAUUACUCCUUAGGAAAUUGUUCCUUCCAAGAGAUUGAGCUUUGAAGAUUAUGCAACUUUUGAUAUCGGUACCAUAUAGAUAUCAUCUAGUUUUGCAUUUUGUGUAAAGACUACAAUGGUUAUAUGUUUGAGUUAAUCAACAGAGUUUCCGUUUCUUGUCAUUUAAAUUAAGAGUAUAUUUUUAAAAAAUGGCUGAGCAUUCAGAGCUCAUUGCCGAAAUGUCCCAGAUCGACAAAAUGACUACUCAGGAGCGGCUGAAGUUGGCCAAACGGAGGCGGAUGCAACAACUGAAAAAGUGGAGUCAGCGCGAAAAGGAAUACAACAGCAAUAAAAGGAAGAAGGAAUUGGUCGCUAUCAAACGAAUCAAGAAAAAUGAUUAUAAAGUGCAUUUCGUGCCCAGCGUCAUGCUUUUGGAAGCAGCUGCUAGGAAUGAUAUCGAAGAAGUGAAAAGGCUUCUGAUGCUAGGUGUGUCUCCAGAUUCAACCAAUGAAGAUGGCCUCACUGCUCUUCAUCAAUGUUGCAUUGAUGAUAGUGAAGAGAUGAUGAGGUUACUUUUGGAAUUUGGGGCAAAUGUGAAUGCCAAAGAUAGCGAGCAGUGGACACCCUUGCAUGCAGCUGCUACUUGUGGCCAUAUACAUAUCGUCAAAUACCUGAUAUCUAAGGGAGCAGAUUUAUUAGCUGUAAAUGCUGAUGGAAAUAUGCCAUAUGAUAUUUGUGAUGAUGAUUCAACUUUGGAUUACAUCGAAAAUGAAAUGGCGAAAAAAGGUAUCACACAAGAGAUGAUUGAUCAAACACGUGCCUCAGUUGAAGUAAGAAUGUUGAAUGACUUGAAGGAGUUUGCUGCUCGUGGUGGCAAAUUGGAUUUUAGAGAUAGAACUGGAGCUAGUCCUCUUCACAUAGCUGCAGCCAAUGGAUACUUGUCUGUUCUUGAAUUCCUCUUGGAUCAACAUGUCACCAUAGAUGUGAAUGAUGAUGACCAGUGGCAACCCAUUCAUGCUGCUGCAUGUUGGGGACAUCCUGAUGCCAUUGAAAUGCUGGUGCAAGCUGGUGCUGAUAUCAAUGCAAAGACAAAAAAUGGAGAAACUCCGUAUGACAUAUCAGAAGACAUUGAGGUCCGAGAACGAAUUAUGCAGCUAAAAUUUGAAAUGGAAACAAAAAGAGGCUCUCAAACCAACAGACUGAGGCGAACUCAUAGUCAAAAUACAAGGAGCCAAUCAAUCAGAAGAACAAGCAUCCGAGAAAAAGCUCAGAUUUCUCGCAGAGAAGCUCGAGAAGAAGCUCGUUUAAGACAUGAAAAAGAGGAUGAUGCUCAUGCAUUGGAUGAUGACGAAUUGAAAAAUGUUUUGGAUGCAUCGCAAAGAGAAACUACUACUGAUUGUGAUCUUGAUCCUAAAGAUAUUGAUAUAUCUUUUCUCCCCAUCGAUGGCAAGGAUACAUUACAAAGAUUCAGAGCAAAAACCGCUACUGAAGCUUUAGAACUUGGUGACUGUAACAAAAGAUUCAACACAUGUGAUAACACGGAUGUGCCAAACGAAACGGAAGGGAAACCUCAAAAUCUUUUUUCCAUCUCAAAGAGAAGCGAUUCCGAGAAAGUAUUCCAAAUGAAAACCGCCGAAGCGACAUCUGUCAUACAGCAAAAGUCCGGGCAAUCUGUGAAUGUGGAAAUUCAUGUGACUGUCAACACCAGCCCUACCUACGGUUCAAGUCUUGCCGAUUUGAAGAAGCAAAGGUGUGACCAGCGGAAUAGUAUUACGUCUACUUCCUCGGUUCAAGAGACUAAUGGUAAAUCAAUGUUGCAGAACGGCCAUGUUGAUUCUUGUAAUAAUCUGCCAUCUCCCUCUGUUGUACCAAAAAAAUAUCAUGGUGAUCCGCUGCAUAUAGUCGGUGAACGUAAGAAAAAGCGAGGCUGCUGCAACUUGAUGUAGAAGUAUAAUUUUUGACUUUGUUAGUAAAAUAAAGCACUUUUCUGCUAUAGGUACCUCACUCAGCUUGGCUUUUUUUUUUUUUUUAACUUCUACCUUAGUAAAAAUUAAAAAAUUAUGGUUAUAUCAUAGCAAUGUUUGGCUUGUCUUUUUAUAAUUUUACAUUUUAAUGGAAAUUUGAAUGCUUAUUUAUGACUCAAUACAUUUUUUCGACUGAUUUAUUUUGCGUCUUUAUUGAGCAUUUAAAGUUGAUUUCGCACAUUAUUUUAAUGAACGUUUUCAUGUUUGAUAGCUUAUUCUUUUAUUUUGCAGAUUGUUUUACUUUUAUAAUCAUUAGACGGAUUAUUUUUUAUUUUGAUACAGCUUUUAGUCUUGUUUUAUUUAAGAGUUCUUUGAAGAGGGAAAUAAUCUAUGGUAAUACAAAUAAUUAGUUUUCUAUGUAAUUUUGCCAAGCAUGGCAACAAUAAGUAAAAUGCAAAAUAACAGCCGCCAAGAUUAAAAAUAUGCUGUGAAGUACCUAAAAUGGAAAAGUACCCUAAAUACAUUCCAUAUAUGUGUAAAUAAAUGUUUAUUUAGCGCCAAGUAAAUUAUUAUUUUUUUUGAGUUUAAAAAAUUUGUUAUGAUUUUAGAGCAAAGAAAAAUAUUGUU